AUGGAUCGCAAUACGGGGAAUAACAGUCAACCGCCAGGUGACUCUACUGGCUCCAACGCCAGAAAUGACGCUAUUGGUGACUCGAACGGUAAUCCAGAUCAGAACGUGAAUAGCACCACUCCUGCUCCCAAUACGAAUAAUAAUGGUGGGACUCAAGACAUCACAGUAUCGAUACAGUAUUCGUUCCCGCUGCCCUUCACUUUAGGGAAUCCGCAUACUCCCGCUAACGCUGGGGAAAAUCCCAACUUGGCGCAGAACCCCACUGGCCCAGAUCCUUCUACUGACGCUGCUACUACUGCUGCUGAUGGUGCCUCUGCAUCUCCCGCUUCUGCAUCUAUGGCACCUGAUGGAACUGGUCCAGCAAAUCAGGACAGCGCCCCCCAGAUGAGAGCGCGGACAAUACCUAAUGCAGCGUUGAUUCUCUCCUUUAGGGACGUACCGAAUUCAACGCCGCGCUCUACACUGGAAAAUAUAAUCACAAUAGCCACAGAACUUACUAUGAGACGAUUUAAUGACUUUGCGGGACACCCGAAGGGUAUCUCGAGGGAACAAUUUGAGGAAUUGCCUGUCCUGAAACUGUGCGAGUUGACCGAAGAACAACUGGAUACGGGAUGUGCCAUUUGUUUCGAGACGUACGUCGAAGAGCCGGAUAUCGAACCACUAGAGAAGAUAAAAGAAGCGAGGUCAGAGGAGGACGACACUGUAUCAGCUGGCAUUAAGGAAAAGAAAAGAAGAAUCGUAAGAGAUUCGGAGACAACGAUACCGACACCUGGAACAGGGGUGACAACAGGCGGGCAUGCUGCGGCCUCAAGCGUAACCGCUACGCAACGGACACCAGUUGUGGAUGGAGAACACCAAACGGUUCACCGUGAUGACCAGAACACGUCGACGGAAGAAAAUCCUCAAACAUCUAAUACGAACGGGCAAGAAUCAUUGUGGGGAGGUAACCCCAACAAUCAAGAGUCAUCACCAGAGGAAGAACAGCCAACAUACCUACACUCUCCUACGAAACUACCCUGCGGGCAUAUUUUUGGUAGGGAUUGCAUAUUCAAGUGGUCACACUUGGAAAAUUCAUGUCCGCUGUGUAGAAAGGCGAUCGUUGUGAUAGAUCGGAAUGAUGCCAGCCAAAACAAUCCACUGAAUGAGGCAAAUAGAGAACACUUGUUUGACCCGGCAAUUUUCCAAAGAUUGGGAGAUAUGUUGUACAACCAAAACCAAACAAACGGUCCCGCUGCGCCUGGCGGUGACGCCAACGCUAACAAUGAGACGACAGCAGAAAACGAUGCAAACGGUGCGGGAACCAACACAAAUAACACAACACCGGGGACGCCACAAAAUCCAGGCGUCACGGCUCCGCUGUUUGGAGGAGGACCAAGCAUUAUAUUUAUCAGACCCAAUUUCCUACGCACUGGUGGCCCCGUUGCUGAAAAUUCGGAAAGAACGGCAGGAUCAGCAAACGGUGACGGUAGAGUUGCUUCUGAUCCCCAAAGAAGCAUAGACCCGUCUACAUCUUCGUCGGUUGGUGAUACUACAGCCACUGGAGAAACAGGUGGGAAUGGUGCACAAGCGGAGCAGAGUCCAUAUGAUAGAUUUAGAAGAAUAUUUCAAUCAUUCUUUCAAGGUGUAGAAUACGCUCGCGAGGAUGAGGCCGAGGACAGGAGAGCCUCACAACCUGUUGGAGAGUAUGGUUCUAGUGACCAACCAGGUACUGCAGAGGCAUCACAUGACACCAACGGUCCUUUCAGAUUAGGUAACAAUUUUACUCGCAUGUUUAUGAGGGGUGGCCUGAACAAUAACAACGAAACACUGUUCAACAGUGGUGUUGCAAGUCAAAGAAAUGGUGACGGGUCUGUUUCUACAUAUCAUCUUGGCGCUAACGAUGUUUUCCAUGCCAACGAUGCCAAUAGUCCCAACGUGCCUUUACAAGCAGCAACAGAUUCAAGAGGAACCAGAACAAACUCUGGACUUGAGAACCGAGACCAACCUCGUUCAAACGAUGACGAAGGACAUGGCGUUGAAAACAAUAACCAAGAACAUCUUCAAGAUCGAGAUUCAACGGAGCAAUAA